AUGGCUCGCGCACGGGGCAUCUCUGGCGGCGGCUCCAAGGCAGAUCUCAUCUCCGAUCUACUUCGCGCCGCUGAUACUAGUGCGUCGUCCGUCUCACAGCCCGCCUCCGCCGCAUCCGCGCAACAACCCGCCAGCGCCCCCCAAGCGGCGGUAGCGGCAGCGCCGGCGGGGGAGGAAGCGCAGGGCCUGGAGAAGCGGCUGCUGGCAACACCCUUGGCGGCUCUGCGCGCCAUAGCGCGGCAAAAAGGGCUCCGGGGGAACACCAAGGAGGAGCUUGUUGCGGCACUCGUUGCCGCGACACCAUCUCUCCCUUCGUCUGUGCCCGUUGCCUCUGCUUCCGCCUCCGCCCCCUCCGCCUACCCCGCCGCGUCCGCCCCUCUCCAGUCCAAUGCUUCCGCCCCGACGUUCGUUCCUGCGCGCGCUGCUGCUCCUGCCGCCAAGCCCAGCCCUGCGACGCUUGUUGCUGAAGCUCCUGCUCCUGCGCCAUUCACUCUUCCGUUCCAGUCGGAGUUCAGCACAACACUGACACCAGUGCAGGCGAUUCAGCUGCAGGAGGAGCUUGCGUCACUCCGGGAGGCCAUGGCAGCCUUGCAGGCGGACCAGAAGGUGAUAUCGGCGGACCGAGAGGGACUGCGGGAGCAGGCGGGGUUCCUGCGGAAUCUGCUCAUUGGAGGCAUUGGCCUGGCUGCUGCAACUGUGGCACUUGCGUAUGGGGUUCAUGCUGCCUCUCAUCUUUUGCAUUUCCAUCGUUACGUGGUUGUGGUUUUGAUUCUGUGCUUUGCUGGCUCUUGUUUCUUGGCUUUCGCAUCUCAUCGCUCUCUCACUCUGCUUGGACCGCUCCUUGCCCUUGCUGCAGGUUCCUCCUCCUCCCCAGGAGCCUGCUCCUGA